AUAAAAUAAAUUAGGUGUACAUAAAAAAAUAAAAAUAAAUUAAUUUCAUAGCCCCUCAUCACAGUUUCCCUUGCAGUCAUGCUCCCCAUCACAAUGCCUCUUGCAGUUAUGCCCCCCCAUCAGGGGCGGACUGACCAUUUGGAAACUCGGGCACUGCCCGAGGGCCCGGGGUCAGUAGGGGGCCCCAUGAGAUGCCCCUGGUACCUUUUUCAUAGGCUUUUUUGAGUUUGGGCAAGGACAUAGGGGCCCCAUGAUCCCCUAUUGCCUGGGGGCCCCAUGAGUUGUCAGUCUGCCCCUGCC